AUGCAUCUCUAUCACAGUCUCUUUCUGGCAUUGGCCGGCAUUGUCUCGUCCCAGUCUACUCAGAGUUUGACUGAUGCUCUGAAUGGACAGAACUCGAGCUUGUCCACCCUGAAUAGUCUGUUGCAGAGUACAGGCCUCGGCCCGGCGCUCAACAAUUUGAAAAACGUCACACUCCUAGCUCCUAACAACGACGCAUUGAGCGCGCUGCUGAACAACACUGAUGCCGCCGCAACCCUCAGCGACACAGGAGCGUUGACUGCCCUCUUGAACUACCAUGUUAUCAAUGGCACGUUCUAUGCCGAUAGCUUCGGAAACUCAUCAGUGUUUGCAGCGACGCAUCUUACGAACGAGUCAUAUGCCAAUGUCACCGGGGGACAACGAGUGGAAGCCAGAGCCUCGGAUGGGAGUGUGGUUUUCUUCAGCGCAUACAAGGAGAACGCUACUGUGGUUACCCCUAACGUGAACUUCACUGGGGGUACUAUUCACAUUAUCGAUAGCGUCCUUACAAUCCCCAUGAACGUCACUGAUACCCUUUCGAAGUCGAACCUCACUGCUGCUGCCGGUGCUAUUCGAACUGCAAACUUGGAAAAAGUGCUUGGAGAUCUUCGAGACGUUACUAUCUUUGCUCCGAACAAUGAUGCUUUCAACGCCAUUGGAAACCUCGCUGCGAACAUGUCGACCGACGACCUCGCAAAGAUUCUCGGCUACCACGUCAUCAACGGCACUGUUGCCUAUAGCACCGAUCUUCGGAACCAAACUGUCACUUCAUCAAGUGGCCAAGAGCUUCGCAUCACAGUCGAAGAUGGAGCGGUAUUCGUCAAUGCUGCUCGUGUGACUAUCCCAGAUCUGUUGGUCAGCAACGGAGUUGUUCACGUCAUCAACCAGGUUCUCAACCCUGCCAACUCAACUGAGACCCCUGAUGCAACCGCUACAAGUGCUCCACCAGCAUUCAGCGGUGCCUCAAGCGGUACUGCUGGGGUUCCAUUUACAAGCGGUAUUUCUACGCCUACUACGACUGUUCCAGCUGCUACAUCUGGCGGUGGUGCAGCUACGAGCAGCACUAGUAACCCUGGUAUGCCGAUGAAAACCGGAGCGGUUGGAGCUGCUGCACUCUUCGGUGGAGCGGCUUUGUUUGCCAAUCUGUAG